AAAAGGGGGGGGAAUCUCUCUCUCUCUCUCCUCUUUCCGAUGAGUUCUUAUUUUGUCAACUCGACCUUCCCGGUGAGCCUGGCGGCGGGGCAGGAGCCCUUCCUGGGACAGAUCCCGCUGUACCCCUCGGGCUACGCGGAUCCUUUGCGGCACUACCCCAGCACCUAUGGAGCCGCGGGCGCGCAGGACAAGGGCUACUCCUCGUCCGCCUACUACCAGCAGAGCAGCGCGGCGUUCGGCGGCCGCGGCUCCGCCUGCGACUACGGGCCCGGCGGCUUUUUCCGGGACAAGGAGGCGGCGGGCGGCCCGGGCAGCCUGGACGAGCUGUCCCCGUUCGGCGCCGAGCCGCGCAAGCCGGACUGCGCGCAGGGCAAGGGCGCCUUCGGAGAGAGCGAGGAGCAAAAGUGUUCCGCGCCGGUUUACCCCUGGAUGCAGCGGAUGAACUCUUGCAAUAGUUCUUCCUUCGGGCCCAGCGGCCGCCGGGGCCGCCAGACCUACACCCGGUACCAGACGCUGGAGCUGGAGAAGGAAUUCCACUUUAACCGGUACCUGACGCGGCGGCGCCGCAUCGAGAUCGCGCACUCGCUGUGCCUGACCGAGCGCCAGAUCAAAAUCUGGUUCCAGAACCGCCGCAUGAAGUGGAAAAAGGAGAAUAAACUGCUCAGCUCCUCGCAGCUCAGCGCCGAGGAGGAGGAGGAGAAAGCGGCCGAGUGA